AUGACAUCACGAGAGUCUGGGAGUCCUCUACCACAGGGAUCCACAACAUAUUCUGCGCUUUCUCCAGAUGAAAUAACGGCUGGUGCGGGGUCCGGUGUAUCUCACAGUACAAGUAUUGGUGAUUUAAAUAGACUUCAGAGUGAGUCUUGUAGGGUUAGUGUACACGAUCAAAACUUGUCAGUGAGUGGAAGUACAACACCAGCAGGAAAUGUACACCAUAGUACACGUUCUCGACAACAUGGUGGACGACGUUCUCCUGCAUUUUCACAUGGCAGUAGAGAAUUAACAUCUCCUUCAAAUAUGCAUGGAUUGGAUCGAUGGGAGGGUACUAUUGUAGAACCAUUAACACAUACAUCAUCAUUCAGUUAUAUGAAACAGCAUACGAUAACCAAUUAUAAUACCAAUACUAAUGCCCAAGAUGAAAAAGAAAUACACUCUUACAAUUUUCUUGAUAAGAAAAAUGUAGGUGAUAAUAAUAAUAAUAGUGAUAGUCUAGCUGUUGCACAUAAUGAUGAUGGUAAUAAUGAAUAUGAUGAAGAAGGUGGUGGGGAAAUGAAUGAAGAUAUGGAUAUUCAUUCCUUGGGAGAACAUUUAACUGAUGUACUAGAGAGUUCCUUCCGUAGUGCCGCAUCUAUGGCCCAAAGGUCCGAACCUCAUAAUACCUUGAGAAGAGCAGUAUUUCAUAUUUUUAAAGGAAAUGUAGGAGCAGGAGUUUUCUUACUUCCAACGUAUUAUCAAGAAUCAGGUUACGGAAUUGGUAUUAUUAUAUUUUUAAUUUUAGGGGUAAUGAUAAUUGAUUGUGCUUUAGCCCUUCUUCAUUCAAAACAAAGGAUUGAUCGAAAUGAUAUACGAACCUAUCCAGCUGUUGUUGAACAUGUACUUGGACGUUCUUUAAUGCACUUUACUAAAUUUUCUCUUAUGUUUACUCAGUUCGGUUUCUGUGUGGUAUAUAUACAAUACGCUUCUUCAAUGUUUGCUGCAUUAUUUAAUGUAGCGAAUAUGUAUCAAGCUUUUGUUUUUCUUAGUGUUCUCCUGGUAACCCCUAUGACCUUUUUUACACAUCGAAUGGGUGUAUUAGCAUAUGCAUCUAUGAUAGCUGCAGUAUUUGUUGCCAUUGUUUUAGCAGGAGCUCUUGGAGAAGAAAUUGAUUCUCUUAAAACAAAUGGAAUAGCAGCAGGGGUUUUUUUUUCUAUUCCUUCGAUGCGAAUUCUUUUAUUUAUUUCUGGACAUAUGUUUUCCCUUGAAGGUAUAGGUGUUGUAUUACCUGUGGAAAAUAGUAUGUCUGUUGAAGAUCGUCCUAAAUUUGGUAAACUAGUAAAAUAUACACAUGCCGCUAUAGUGGUUCUAUAUUUAAUUUUCGGACUUCUUGGUUAUUUGGCGUUUGGAGAAGCACUAAGAACUUCUGUAGUGCUUGCACUUCCAUCAGGAAUAUCUAAAAAUGUUCUUCAGGUGUUAUUAGGACUUAGUCUUAUAUUCAGUUACCCUAUUCAAUAUGUACCGGCAAUUCAAUUGGUUGAUAGAGCUUUAGGUAUAAGUAUGCAAAAGUCAAGAGAAAAAGCUUAUAUUGUUCGUAUUGUACUUAAUGCUUUCUUUGGUGCCCUUGCUAGUUCUAUUGGAGCUGAUACAAUUAAUAUCUUUGCAGGUUUCCUUGGAGCUUUUACUGGAGUACAUCUUAUGGUAACUAUUCCUGCUUUCCUCGCCAUUCUAACAGAACGAGUAGAAGAGGAAGAUCGUGAAAAUCUCACCUUUUCUAAGUAUAUGAAAAUAAUUUUUACAAUGCCUAACACCAUCACAGAAUGUAGAUGGUACGUAUAUAUCCUAUUUGCCAUAUUUAUUUGGGUGGGAGGUACUUAUUAUACGUUUCAAUCUGUUUUUAAUUAA